CAGAAAACAUUUGGAUGCCAUGCAGGGGUGACUAGGAUCAAGUUUCAGAUCAUGUAAGCAGAAACCCAAGAUAGUGACUAUGAAUCGCUUCCAUUCACAAGAAAAAUGUUAACGUUCAACUUCGGUAUUUCCUGCAAAGAAGGCAUGUAAAGGGAUUCCUAUUUAAGCGGGACCCAUUUACGUGAGGUUUUUUUUGUGUAUGGUGUGUCUAUUCAAAAAUGAGUUUGAAUGCAUUGUGGAGUGGUGAAUAUGCUUGAGUGAAUCUGUGAAGUGUUGGUGUUAUUCCAGGUAUAGUGAAGCACACCGUAUAGCCCUGAGGCAACACAGGCAGAAAAAAGGUGGGAUGGUUUGGUUAACGCUACUGAACCUAUAGAUAGUGUAUACACACAUGCAGAAGGGGGUUCCCAGAAGCAGAUGGUGACUGAGGAUAUAGUUUACAGGAGUUGGAAUGCAUUGUGGGGGAUUUAUUUUUCUGUGAAUGACUGCAAUAGUGGUGUAUUCUGAUCUACAUAACUGAUUGUCUGUUUUGGUGUUGAAAACACGUGUGUCUGUUAUGAACUGGGAGUUAAAUGUCUGACCCCAAAAUUUCUCUCAGCAGUAUAUUUGGAAUAGAUUAUUUCCAUUAUUAACAUUCCCACACAGGAAAAGCAGAGUUAUAACUUGGAUGAUUAUAUUUUCUAAAACCUGUGCCUUCUCUGCAGAAUGUGUUGUCUGCAAUAUGAGUGAUGGUGUUAAGAGGGAAAUUAAGCCAUAAUGUCAAGCGAGGGCCGUGAUUCCAGCAAUGGGAUAGCUUCUAAAUCUGACAGCCCAGAAACCAAGAAAUCCAAAGAUGCUGCGUCCGGGCCUGAUGCUGACUCGUCCUCGAAAACACGACGUCCUCCAAACGUUAUCCGUCCUCCAAGUAACCUCCCACGUGUGGAUGAGGAACCGUCCACAUCCGAACCAGUACGGGAGGUUGAGACUGUCGAUCGGGGGGUGGGGCCCACCCCACUACCACCCCCAAUAGAUCCCAGACUUCCACAACAGAGUCCAUACUAUGGUGUACAGCCUCUUCUGGACCCUAGAAAUGGUUUACUGGACUAUCCUUAUGGAUUCAACAUUAAUCCUUAUCGAUACUACAACAUCCCUUACCACAUCAACAACCCAAUACCACUGAACUCCCACACACUGGAGGGACGAUACCAGUGGCCUCAGCCAGGGCCAUAUCAUCAACCUAUGCCUCCUGGCAUUCCUCACAGUCCUUUAUCCGAUGUUCCUUCUCUCAGUCUACGAAGCCCUUUAGCACGAGAACCAGUCACAAACCUAGCAGCCCGCAUUCACUGGGAACAGCUUCAGAGAAACUAUUAUCAUCAAAGUCCCCUAUCACAACGAAGAUAUAGUCCUUCCAGCUUACCAGGAUUACCCCUAGGAGGUCCUGGUUCCUUGUAUGGUGAUUAUCCUCCUAGUCAUGUGUCACAAAGUGGGCGGAGCAUGUUUGGGGACAUCCCUCCCACACCAGGAAGUGGAAGUAUAACACUCCCUGGAUCACUGGAAGGUUCCCGGCUGACCAGUCCAAGACCGAGUAUAGUUGGUCGCAGUCGGAAGCGAGCCCUGUCCCACUCCCCGAUCUCGGACUUCCUGGACAUCCAGAGUCUAACUCGCAGCUCUGAGGGGUCACUACAGUUCAAUCCCUUUAACCUGAGCACCCAUAAUUCUAGAAGCUCAAGUGCUGCCAGUGGGUCAUAUGGACAUUUGUCUGCAGCAUCUUUGGGGGCUGUUAGUCCUGCACAUCAGACACAACUGCCCUAUUUUAGACCGUCGGCUAGCAGCAUGCAGGGCCCACCCUUCAUGCAUCCCAUGAUGCAACAGCCCAUGAUGGCCCCGGGAAGGAUGCACCAGGGUGGGCACAUGGGAAUGCCUCCCUCUACACAGACAACACUGCCCCCUCAACAGCCACCACCCAAGACUGACCACUCACAGUCACAGAUUUCUACAACAACAAAGGAUGCAGGCAGCAGUGUUGUAAGCAGUACUGUUGAUCCCAACCCUAUAGAGGUCAAAAAGUCAAAGAUCAAGAAAGAGGCAGAGUCACACCAUGGAUCUCAUAGAGAUGUACAUGAUGAUGAUGAAAAGCCCACGAUUGACUCUCAGGGAAAACAUAUCCCGGUGGAAGGGGAGCCCGACUUCAUAGAAACAAACUGUCACUGGGAAAACUGUUCCCUCGAGUUCCCUACUCAAGAUGACCUGGUGAAGCAUAUUAACAUAGAUCAUAUACAAGCCAACAAGAAGAUGUUUAUUUGUCGAUGGAAGGAGUGUAGCCGCGAGGAGAAGCCGUUCAAGGCCCAGUACAUGUUGGUGGUGCAUAUGAGACGCCACACGGGAGAAAAACCACACAAAUGCACAUUUGAGGGCUGUAACAAAGCUUACUCUCGUCUGGAGAACUUGAAGACUCACCUUCGCUCCCAUACAGGUGAGAAGCCAUACAUGUGUGAGUUUCCUGGCUGUACCAAAGCCUUCAGUAACGCCUCGGACCGCGCCAAGCACCAGAACAGGACUCACUCUAAUGCUAAACCCUACAUAUGUAAGGCUCCAGGGUGUACAAAACGUUAUACUGACCCCAGCUCUCUACGGAAGCAUGUUAAAACUGUCCAUGGUCCGGAGUUCUACGCCAACAAAAAACACAAAGGAGACGGGACGUGUAAACAGGAGAGGCGCGAAGAAGGGGAACAGGACCCUGAUAAAAAAGACGACAGUCAUAAGAAGGUGGAGGAGUGCCUGACAGUGACCCCCCUCCAUGCACUGGGGGGAGAGCGGCGCCAAUCUCAGGACAGUGUGGGGGGUAAUGGGAUGGGCCCCCACCACCAUUCCUCCCCCGACAGCAGUCCCGAGGUGAAUGUCACGUGUAAUAAUCAGCCCGAUCUCAUUGAGGACCACACCUCCCACAUGAUUGACAGGCACGGUGACCUUGAGGAAGAGGAGGACAUUCCAGAGUCGGAAGACGUUGAGAUUCAUGGGACAGCAGCAGUUGUUGCUAGAACUAAUAGGCUGAACACAACUAGGACCCUUCAGCAAAAGUUAAAAACCCUGCCAAGCAAAGUAACUCUACCUCAGAUAUCUACAUCAGGUAACCAACAGUGUAAUCAGACCCCGUUCACAGACCUCAGUACUAAAGCACUACACCUUAAAAAUCCUCAGAUCAAGCGUCUUACUCAAGAUCUCAAUAAUCGUAAUGAGCUUGUUCCUGGAAAUAUAUAUGGAGUUGGACGUCGCGACAGUAACACAAGCACGAUCAGCUCGUACAUGUCCAGCAUGAGGUCAGAAACAAGUCCGUUCAAUCCUGGUAGCAAAUUCUCCAGCCGACGCUCGAGUGAGGCUUCUCAGAUAUCUGCUCGUCUCAGCAUUACAAACUCACCUUACGAGUAUGAUAUCACGGGAAACCUACCUAUGCACAUGCAGCAAGGUCAUAGUCGUCGCUCAAGUGAAUCGAGCAACAGCAACAUCAGCAAUGUGGCUGCCCAGUUCUCAAAAACUCACUUGGGGAGUCACCCAAAUCUCAUAGUGCAAUCUCAAGCCAUUACAUUACGCAGCCCACAUAGCAAAUCGCGAGAACGUGUUCAGAGGUUCUUAUCGGCCAGGCAUGACCUUGAUGGAGCUAGGACAAGUACCCCCUGCAGGACCCCCCUCCCUCAUGAGAUCCCCAAUCAGGAGAGGAGGAGGGCUAGUGACCCGGUCAGGACACUGGAUCCAAACUUCAGUGCCCUCAAACGCCUUCAGAGGUUCCACAGCCUCAACAUGAUGAGACCACUACCUGUCCCACAAAGCAUGAAGUCAUUACUGACAAAAACAGACUCUAACUGCACGUUUAAUUCUUCACGCAGUAGCAUAGCUACCGAUAACAGUGUGCAGGAAAAUGAUGAGUAUGAGAAUGGCGCUGAUUUUGAUAAUGAGAUGGAGCUCCUGGAGAAGAUGAUGGACGAUAACGAGGAUAUGUUGAUUCCGGACGACAUGCAGCGCUUCCUCAAUGAGCAUUAUUACCACCUGGAUAACUCAAUAGCUGAGACGGAAGUCGCGGCGUCAUCCAGGGCGAGUAUAAUGACUCAAGACCUGAACCAGACCACGCCCCUCCCAGGAGAUAUGGACGCCAAUAUGCAGGUCAAUGGUGGUUACUAUGGAAAUCAAGGCAAUAAUCAGGAUAUGAUGUACAACAAUGUCAAUGGAAUGCAACAAUUUAAUAAUAACACCAGAUUACAAAACUGUGGUGAUAUGAAUCAAAACAAUAUGCAACAAAAUAUGAUGCAAACUAUGCAGAACCAAAAUAUGCAAGUUAUGGGUGGCAAUAUGCCCAUGAAUCCUGUGUGUAAUCAAGGAUUUAAUAAUUUGCAAGGAACUCAAGCAAACCUUCAGAAUAUACCUCAAGGUUCAAAUAUGAUGCAAACUGGAAUGCCCCAUGCUUCUAAUUAUGAAAAUGGCCCCCUCAUGUCUUCCAAUGGACCAAUGCCCCACCCACCCAAUGUUCCCAUGCCUCAUCCUCCAAAUGGUCCCAUGUCUAAUAACCAGAACUCACAUCUACCACAUCGAAAUAUAUCACAACCUUCCCCUGGAAACCAAAUGUACAGGACUAUGCAACAAAAUAUGAACCCACAAAUGAUGCGAAUGAACAUGAAUCAAAAUAUGAACAUGAACCAGUGGAACACAAUGAACAAUACUAACCAAGGAAUACCUAAUCAGCAAUUCAUGAACAACUCCCUUCCAUCUCAAGUCAACAUGCCUCACCCCCCAAACAUGCCCAAAGGGUUAUCUCAGAACGCCAUGCAACAACCCAUGGGAGGCAUGAUGCAUCAACCCCAGCCUCCCAUCAAUAAACGAGAAUCUGAAAGUCCUCAAGUCCAGGUGCCACAUAUCAGUACAUCUCACAUUCCACCUCGGGCUAAGGGCAGGAAUCAGAUGGUGAUGCGCCAGCACCAACAGCAAAUGUACAACAACCAGCAACAACAACAGCAGCAGGGCAUGUAUAACCAGAAUCAGACAGGGAACAUAAUGCCCCAGCCCCCCUGUCCCCCAAUGUACCCCCAGAAUUCACCAAACAUGAUGUACAGGCAGAACAUGAAUAUGGAGCCACAGCUGGCCAAUAACCAGCCCAACCCCAACCAGCUGAUGCCACAGCCUGGGUACCCAACACAGAUGGAGAUGUCCCCAGGAUGUAACCAGGUGACCAGUUCUACAGACAGGAAAGAGGCCCCGCCCCCUCCCCCUCAACCCCAGCAUCCCCCACCCCCUAUCAUUGAAGAAUUCAUGGAGAACAUUAACUCAAUUUCUUCAGAAAACUUGUUGGAUAACAUGAGUUCGAUUUCAGAGGUGUGCACGCCCACUGCGAUGAGUCAUCGUUCAGCAUCCCAGUCGUCUGUUAGAUACAAUGCGUCUCUGCUGAGUUCUAAUAACAUGGUGGUCAACGAUAUGAGUUCUGUAUUAACCCAGCUAGCAGAGGAAAAUAAGUAUUUAAACAUGAGGCACUGAUGAUAGCUUCACUAAAUAAGGGAAAAUAUGUUGUGUUUUCUUGGAAAAUGUGUUCUUAUAAGUGCUAUAAUAGAUUACAGUGAUUUCAGCUUUGUAGUGAAUGGAAGAUUUUCUUUAUCUUUUUUGUUUAGGUUUUAGAAGAGGAUGUACAUAUUAAACUGUUAACGGCAGUUUCAAAGUUCCUUUUUUUAUGCAAAAGAAUUUCUUUUUAAAGUGCCAAAAUAAGAAUGGUUUCUAAUCGGGAAAUUUUAAUGUGCUGGGUUGAAAGAGAGAGAAAAUUCAUCAAAAACUUGAUAUUUUGCACAAAAAAAGAUGUCUUUCACAUACAUUUCAUCUUGAAGAAAAGUGACAAAAUGGUUUUGGUGCUGAUUGAGUCUUCCAAGACAAAUUAUGGGAGUACAUAUCUCUCUCUUAUUUUUUUAGUGCAGUUGACAUUUUGAAGAUCAAUUGUCUAUGAUUGGUUAUUUUUGAAGACAUUUGUCUUGUCUCUUAAUAUUAAACUGGGCAGUUGUAACUGUCAACAGUCAGUGAACUGUAUAUUUUGUUGUCAUCAAAUGUUAACAUUUAUACAUGUAUCUCAUUAAUUUUUUAUUAUCAUUUAUUAGUUGCAUACAUUUUAUGGUAUAUUUUUCAUUGUACAUUUUUAGUGAAGAUUAGUGCUUUUUUCAUCAAUUUUGUGCCUUUUUGGAAUUGUUUUACUGAUGAUGCUCUUCUAUGAUCACUUGUUUGAUAUUUAAAGAAUUCAUGUGUAUGGUAAAAAAAAACUUUACAAGAGAUUAUGUGUUGCAGAAAUGUGCCUUAAGGAAUAUUUAUUUUUACCCUUUUUAUUUCAAACACCUUUUUUCAAACACAUUUAUAGUAGUACUCAUCAAUAAAUGGCUCAAAAACAAAGAUCAAAUUUACUGCUAAAUGAAUACUCAACUUUUUUUUUCUCGGAAAGAAACGGAAAAAUUCUGUUUCUAAAGAGAUGUUUAAUGUGUGUGUCUGAAGAGAUGUGUAAUUUUAUAUUUCUUUGAGCAGAUGAACCUCAUACUAUAGUUUCAUGACAUUACAUGGGAGGGGUGUAAUUUUUUGCAAGCCUGAUCAGCAUAAAUAUAUAUCAUGAAUUAGCAAGUAUUUUCUGCCUUUAAAGUGCUUCAUAUGUAUAGACAGUUAUUGGUAUUGACAGGAUAUGUUUGUGAAUUCCUGAAUCUUGAAUGAGAUAUGCCAGAGAUUUGUGACAGUAUUUUGUAAACUUAACUGUACAUGGUACACAUUUCUAUUCAUCAGGUGUUGAUCUCUUCUAAGGGCAGCAUUAAAAAGGGAUUCUUUUCGUAUAGAGGGGGAAAUUUUCAGUAAAGGAAUAAAAUAAUGCUUUUGUUAUAGUAUCUGCACAGAUUUUUAAACCUCGAAAUAGUAUUCAUUAGAUUUUAUUUGUUUUGGAAAUUAACAUGCAGUAUAUACUGCAUUUAUUUAAGAAGGUGGUAAAAGUGCUCAAAUAUCUGAAAUAUCUAUUGCAUGUAGUUAUUUCUGAAAAUUGCAAACAGGGUAUGUGAGAAAUUUGACACAUUGAAUGAACAGGGUAAAUGUCAAACAAUUAGCUCCCUUCAGCAGCUUAGCAGUUACUGAAGUACAUAAAUAUAUGAUUCACAAUUAUGGAUAAGGUUUUACUUUCUUCGUUUGAAAUUAUAGAUUGUCAGAGAGGCAGGUUUGGUGCUUAACAUGACCAUUUCUUGAGUAGAUUUGAAUAUUUUGACCAGAGUCUGAAUACAAUAGUUGCUUCUUAAAAUAGCAUUAACUCAGACUUUGAGUUCUCGUGAAAUGGUUACUAUUUACACACACAAAAAAAUAUUAAUUUAGGUAUUAAUUCAGUUAUAGAUAGGAGAUUUUCUCUAUAUCUGAAUUAGAUUUAUAUAUGCCUCUGUCCAUUUUGUUAAGAGAUUAUUUUAAAAGGUUAGUGUAUAUUUUAGAGGUUUUGAAUCUCAUUUUGCAACAUUUGGUGCAUCACUGUAUUUUUAUACAUUCUACAGAUUUUUAUUGAUGUUGAGAUUAUUAUGAAUGGUUGUUACAUGAUAUUGACCUACUUUUUUUAAGUGCUAUUACACGAGGCGUAAUACAUUUUUACUUAAUGUACAUACUGUAUUUUCAUGCAUUUUCAACAUUUUCACUUUGACGUUAGUGAUUUUAGUUACAUUAUUAUACAAUAUGUACAGAAGCAUCACUGAAAAUGCAGAAUGUUUUAUCUUUGCAAGUUUUUCCCCCCAAGAAUCUUAUCACUGCAUUCUCUGUGAUUUUCCUUAUAUUUUGAAAAGAAAUUUUAAAACGAUGAGUAAAAUGUUAGUGAAAUAUAUUGUGUUUGUUUAUCAAUUAUAUAUAUGUUACAUUUACAUGUCAAAAUAUGAUUCAAUAAAAUUCUAAUACAAUUCAAAAAUGA